ACUGUGGCUCCAGUUGUUUUCACAUCACCUCGCUAACAAAGACAGUAGAGCUGUGGUUCCCUGUUUCUCUGAAGCCUGAACCAUGUGCAAGUAACAAGGAGAAACUUUUCUGGGGACAGAAAGAAUCAUUAUCUCGACAACACAUUACUUUCUGUAAAAAGUGUCUUUUACUAAAUUUGGAUACGUUAUUUUCUGUUGGAGCAAUAUGGUGUCGGCCGGUUUAGAGAUCCUGGGACUGUCGCUGUGCGUCGUUGGCUCGCUGCUUGUGAUGGUCGCGUGCGGACUCCCCAUGUGGAAAGUAACGGCUUUCAUUGAGGCCAACAUCGUGGUUGCGCAAACGAUCUGGGACGGCCUGUGGAUGAGCUGUGUGGUGCAGAGCACGGGGCAGAUGCAGUGCAAGGUGCACGACUCUGUCCUCGCGCUAAGCCAUGACCUGCAGGCCGCCCGGGCGCUCACCAUCAUCUCCUCCGUGAUGGGAGUUUUGGGGCUGAUGGUGGUUAUCGCGGGUGCGCAGUGCACCAACUGCAUCCGCACAGAGUACGUAAAAGCCCGGGUGGUGAACGCAGGUGGAGUCAUUUACAUUAUCAGCGGCCUGUUUGUGCUGGUUCCGCUCUGCUGGAUGGCCAAUAACAUCAUAUCGGACUUCUACAAUCCGCAGGUCCCCGCGUCAAAAAAGAGAGAGAUUGGCGCAGCACUCUACAUUGGAUGGGCCGCAACGGCGCUACUGCUCAUCGGUGGAGCACUGCUCUGCUGCUCGUGUCCAUCCGGUGGUAAUUCUGGAUAUUCAGCCAAAUACGCACCAACCAAAAGAACCACGCAGAAUGGAGAAUAUGACAAACGGAAUUACGUCUAGCGACGCGUCAAGACCAGACGCAGCUUCUUAAAAACUUUGUUUAAAAUGCCAGACUUUAUUUUUGCACCUAUUGAGUUUCUCUGAAUAUAUGAAUUACUGGAUGCACCUCAUCUGUAUUGACCACUUGCUCUGGACUAAUAAUUUUGUACUGGACAUUUGACAAGGACUUUGUUGUUACAUAAACGAGUAUCUUGUAUAGGUACUUUCGUAUGUCAUCCAAAAUCUUAGUUAUGAAUUGUUUACGUUUGUAUGUUUAUAAUGCAGAUGAUCUGUUUUCAAAUAUAGCCUAGUCUUUUGCUCUGGUAUGCGUUGUCAGCACAUUGUUGUACAGUAGUGCACUCCUACAAAGUGCAACUUCCGAUGAUUAUAUGAACGUAGCAAAAGACAAAAAAGGAAAAGCGCUCGCACGCGUAAUGCCUUAAUUGGUCAUUUGUACUGAAGUAAACAUUGUAAGUGGACUAAAGCGCGAAAGUUGUUUUCUUUAAAUUACAGUCGACCUGGUUGGCAUAAUGCGUGACUACUUUGGCACCCGCGUAAUUCAUUGUUCCUGCAGUUGGAUACUUUCUCAAACUUUUAAAUAAACCAUGUUUAAUGUUGAUGAAGGCUCAUGAUUGCUUAUUCACAUGUAAAAGAUCCAAUUCUAUUUCCUUCUCUAAAAUUAAACUGAGCAUGUUGUCUAAAUACAUGGAUUAAGGAGUGACAUCAAGGCGUGUGACGGUCGGUGUCCUGCUUGGCAGUGCGUAAUGUCUGUGUUCCCACCAUGAUUCCACAUACCCCCACGGCGGGAGAAAGUAUUUUGGUUAGCCAUAGAAAUCCAGAUGACAAUGCCCUUUCUGAAAGAGUGGGGCUCUGCUGUUCAGUUCACAAUACUCCAGUACCCACCACCCCUUUCAUAGCACCCCCACCCGCUAGGUCAUACCCAGUGAAUAGCGUCCAAAUUAGUGCUACGCAGAAACUUCCCGUAAGUCAACGGCUAUAUAUUCAUCAGGCACACACAAAAACUUCUUGUACAUCUGAACGCGGUAAAUAUGGAUGUUGGCCAGUUGCAAUAAACAACAU